GCUACUCUGGGGGAGGGGCGGCUGACCAAUCACCAACAUUAUCAAAAGUUGAGAUUGGUACUUGGCAAAGAGCGUUGUGUGGAAUCUACCCUGUUAUUUGGGGAUUUAAAAAGAAUAUUGGUAUAGGACAACAUGAGGGCAACAUGAGGGCAACUUGAGGGCAACAUGAUUGCCACAUGAGGACAACAUGAGGGCAACAUGAGGGCCAAAUGAGGACAACAUGAGGGCAACAUGAAGGUUAAAAACUGUGAUGAAUACGCGGGAUAUUUAUGCAACUUUAUGCGAUGAGAUUGCAGGAACUUGCUAAAAUUUUUUCAAAUUCUUUUAAUUCUUCCUUAUUGAUUUUCCAGAGGAAGUUGCAAUCCCCCCCCACCAAGAAGACCUUCCAGCAGGAGUUGGCGCCACUGCUCUAACGCCUCUGCUCUCGGCGACCGAAGCGUCGCUCCAAACCACGUCCUUGACUGAGAGGGCGGGGGGUUUGACUCACGAGCCUGCAAUUGCUUCUGUGCCCGAAGACACCGAAGACAUCCAGAAAUCUGGGGCUGACGGGUAUUCAGAAACCCCUUUGGUCGUUGCUGAGACUCUACAGUCUGAAGGAGAAGAUGCUGAAGACAUUUUAGAGGAUAUAGUGGAGGUUUCCACAAAGGUCUCUGCCUCGGUUACCCACAAACCCUUUGGUGUAAUGGUUAAAGAAGAGAAAACUGUCCCAGAAGAUGAAAUCAUUCCCAAAGAUCUGGAUGCACCUGACUCUGAAGUGAUAAAAGAAGUUACCCCAAAAGGCGAGGAGCCACCCUCGGACAUCAUGGCCGAAGAAGUCCUCAUAGAAGCUACUAUUGUGGUUCCUACAAACCCUGAAACACUGGAAGACUUAGGACAGGACGUUUCCCUGGUGCAAGUCCUGAUGGAGCAUACCCCAGAGACAAGUUUCGAGGUUGUUGAGGAUGCAGAAGUUGAAGAAAUUCACAAAUCUUUCGAUAUCACCCCAGACGUAGCCUUGGCUUUGGAGGAACAAACAACAGAUGAUCCAGAAACCGUCGAGGUAGAAAAUCUCGAAGGACCCGAGGCGUUUGUAGAAGAAAGCCAAGAGGAUACCAAGGUCAGUGCAGAUGCAACUCCAACUGUAUUUCUGAUUUCAGAUUCAGAAGAAGAAGAAAUGCUUAUAGAUGUGAGUCCAGAACUAGAAUCUGUCUCUGACAUGAAAACCGAGGGUCCUUCGCAGGCCUCAAGUCUGACGAACACAGACAAGAUAGCAUUAGAUGUUAGUAAAGACCAACCAACACCAAUGUCUGAGCCUGUUAACUUACAGGACUACGGGGACAAAAACCCAGAGCAAACGCCACCAACAGAUGAAGAGAUAGAAGACACUUCAGUUGUUUCUGAAGAUAAGACAACCCAAGAUUUUGAAAUGGGGUCCACUGACAUGAUGACAACAACAACGAUGACACAUGUAAGUGAGGCUGAAGAAGACUUUGCAGUUGAAACAGAAGACGAAAUGCUCCAAACAACAGACGAAAAACUACCCACAGAAACAGAGGAGAAAACCGACACCCAAGAAGAUACCACAGGAGAACCAGAUAAAGCUACGAUAGGAGAAGGGCCCGUAAAGACAGUUGAUGAGAAUUCAAAAAGAGAAACAUUUGAGACCACAGGAGAACCAGCUGAAGGUCCAGAAGUGCCAGAGGAACAGAUAGACCCCAUAGAGAAAGAAAGACCUGAAUUAAAAAAAAAUGCACAAAUAGCAGAACUUGAAGAAGUAGAAGUAGUAGACCCUACAGGAGGGGAUGCCCAACAAGAAGGACCUGCAGAAGACACUCCUGAAGAGAAAAAACUCAUAGAAGAACCAACGCAAGAGGCAGGACUUGAAAAAGUCGAAGUAAUAGACCCUACAGUGGAUGCCCAACAAGAAGGACCUGCAGAAGACACUCCUGAAGAGACAGAACUCUUAGAAGAACCAAUGCAAGAAGCAGGACUUGAAGAAGAUACUUCUGAAGAGACAGAAUUCAUAGAAGAGCCAACCCAAGAAACAGGACUUGAAGAAGUAGAAGUAGUAGACCCUACAGGAGGGGAUGCCCAACCAGAAGGACCUGCAGAAGACACUCCUGAAGAGACAGAACUCAUAGAAGAACCAAUGCAAGAAGCAGGACUUGAAGAAGUAGAAGUAAUAGACCCUACAGGGGAUGCCCAACAAGAAGGACCUGCAGAAGUCACUCCUGAAGAGACAGAACUCUUAGAAGAACCAACUCAAGAAGCAGGACUUGAAAAAGUAGAAGUAAUAGACCCUACAGGAGGGGAUGCUCAACAAGAAGGACCUGCAGAAGACACUCCUGAAGAGACAAAACUCAUUGAAGAACCAACGCAAGAAGCAGGACUUGAAAAAGUAAAAGUAGUAGACCAUACAGGAGGGGAUGCCCAACAAGAAGGACCGGCAGAAGACACUCCUGAAGAGACAAAACUCAUAGAAGAACCAACGCAAGAAGCAGGACUUGAAAAAGUAGAAGUAUUAGACCCUACACGGGAUGCCCAACAAGAAGGACGUGCAGAAGACACUCCUGAAGAGACAGAACUCUUAGAAGAACCAAUGCAAGAAGCAGGACUUGAAGAAGAUACUUCUGAAGGGACAGAACUCAUAGAAGAGCCAACCCAAGAAGCAGGAUUUGAAGAAGUAGAAGUAGUCCACCCAACGGGAGGAGAUGCCCAUCAAGAGGGAUCUGCAGAAGAAACUCAUGAAGAGACAGAACUCAUAGAAGACCCAACGCAAGAAGCAGGACUUGAAGAAGUAGAAGUAGUUGACCCAACAGGAGGGGAUGCUGAACAAGAAGGACCUGCGGAAGAAACUCCUGAAGAGACAGAACUCAUAGAAGAACCAAUGCAAGAAGCAGGACUUGAAGAAGUAGAAGUAGUAGACCCUACAGGAGGGGAUGCCCAACAAAAGGGACCUGCAGAAGACACUCCUGAAGAGACAGAACUCUUAGAAGAACCAAUGCAAGAAGCAGGACUUGAAGUAGAUACUUCUGAAGAGACAGAACUCAUAGAAGAGCCAACCCAAGAAGCAGGACUUGAAGAAGUAGAAGUAGACCACCCAACGGGAGGAGAUGCCCAUCAAUACGGACCUGCAGAAGAAACUCAUGAAGAGACAGAACUCAUAGAAGACCCAACGAAAGAAGCGGAACUUGAAGAAGUAGAAGUAGUCAACCUAACAGGAGGGGAUGCCCAACAAGAAGGACCUACAGAAGAAACUCCUGAAGAGACAGAACUUAUGGAAGACCCAACGCAAGAAGGAGGACUUGAAGAAGUAGAAGUAGUCGACCCAACAGAAGGGGAUGCCCAACAAGAAGGACCUGCAGAAGAAACUCCUGAAGAGACAGAACUCAUAGAAGAAGCAAUGCAAGAAGCAGGACUUGAAAAAGUAGAAGUAGUUGACCCAACAGAAGGGGAUGCCCAUCAAGAAGGACCUGCAGAAGAAACUCAUGAAAAGACAGAACUCAUAGAAGACCCAACGCACAAAGCAGGACUUGUUGCAGGUACACCUGAAGAGACCGAACCGUCCAAAGAACCAGUGCAAGGACUUGUAGAAGCUGCAGAAGAGAUGGAAACUAUAGAAGGAACCACACACGAACCAGAAGUUGUGUUAGUCCCAGAAGAAGAUGAGGGUGUCUCCCCAGAUGUUCCAAAGCCAGAAGAUCCAGAGGAAAUCAUAACGCUCACAUCUGACUCCGUGGCCGAAAUCACCCCAGAAACAGGUGUUGAAGUCGCUGCAGAGACGACGCAACAUGCGGCAGCUGAUGCCACAACCAAGUACGUGUUGGAGUACAACAACGGAAACUUCCCUGAUCUAACCAAGACGCCUUUUGAAGCAGAUGACAACUUACUCGGAAACAACAACUUUGGGUUGGACGACCAGAACUCGGGUUACCUGCAUGGAGGAGGGCUGACAUGCUCCUCUGAUUGGCUGAAGAUAGUUCCCAUGGCGACGCCGCUGACCGAGCCGUCCAGGCAGCGGCCAACCCAGGACUGGAACUGGUCCCGAUCCGGGAGCCGGUCCAGGAAGAUCUUAAAGGCCUCCACCACGGUCUCCUGA